UUAGCACACAAAAUAGUACAAAAUACUUUAAGAAAUAUCAAAAAACGAAUUAGUUUGUCUCUGUGUUUCAACCUUGUUUUAUCCAGACAUAAGAACAAACUGUUCACACACACUGUUCACAAACAGUUAUUAUUAUGGAUGUGAGUUUUUCAGUUUCACUUUUAGGGAAAUGUGAAGAUUGUAGCUCAGUAAAUAGAAGAGUAGAGGCGCGUGUUCAACCAGUUUCAGGACUCACGCCCCUAUAUUGAUAAAACAACAAUUCAUCAUGCAAAGUACGAUAAUCCACCAUAAAUCUUCCUGAACGUGCCUGUAAUACACUGAUGGUUGAUACCCGUAACAAGUACUGGUUUUAAACUUACGAAUUUUAUUAACAAAAAAGGGAAAUGGUUAAUCCAUCCGAUAACCAAGAUGGAAAAUUUCCCGUGGACCCCAUUAAACCCAGAAAGAAAUAUCCAAGUUUCUUCAGAAAUGUGAUCCAGUAUAUUUACGAAUACAGCGAGAAUUCAACAGUUCAUGGUGUGAAGUAUAUAGGAGAAAAGAAACGAACUGCUACUGAAAGGUUCUUUUGGUUAGUUAUCCUGGGAUUGUCUUUAUAUUUUUGUACCUAUAUGAUAAUCAAGACAUACGAAAAAUGGGACAAGUCACCUGUUAUUGUUAGUUUCGCUCGUAGUCCGACUCCUAUUUGGGAAAUUCCUUUCCCUUCUGUUACUAUAUGUUCUGAAACGAAAUCGAGGAAAUCUGUUUUCAAUUUUACCGAAACUAUCAUGAAAUUCAGGACGUACAACAAUUUAACCGAUGAAGAAAGAGAUAAGCUUGACAAAGUGGCACUUGUUUGCGAAAACCAUUUAUUUCACCAGGGCAGUGAUUUCAUUAAAUAUGAUACCAUAGAUUUUCUGACCGAAAUUGCUCCACCUUUCGUUGAAUCGCUUUGGCAAUGUAAAUGGCUAAAUACGAACACUACAUGCAACGAUCUGUUUACCCCGAUGUUAACAGAAGAAGGGAUAUGCUUCUCUUUUAACAUGCUGGACAGAGACGAAUUAUUCUCUAAUGAAGUUUACCAUAACAAGGAUUACUUAGCCCACGGAGUUAGAGCGGAGGACUGGUCCUUAGAAAAGGGUUACUCUGAAAAGUUGGAAACAGACACGUUUCCAAGGAGGGCGAUCUCGGCAGGACAAAAGGCUGGUUUAAGUAUACUUCUCAGAGCGUAUGAUUAUGAUCUGGAUUACAUUUGUAGAGGCCCUGUCCAAGGAUUUAAGAUUAAUUUACAUCAUCCAGCAGAGUAUCCUCUCGUCAGUCAACAAUAUUUUAGAGCUCCACUGAACCAAGAAGUUAUUGUUGCUGUUAAACCUGACAUGAUGACGACUUCGGAUGGCUUAAAAGAUUACGAACCUCACAGAAGACAAUGCUAUUUCCCUUCUGAAAGAGAACUGAGAUUCUUCAAGGUUUACACUCAACAAAAUUGUGAAAUAGAAUGCCUUACCAAUUACACUUUGAAAGCUUGUGAUUGUGUAGGUUAUCACAUGCCCCAUACAGAAGACACGAAAAUUUGUGGAUCUAAGAAACUUGUUUGCAUGCACGAAGCACAAGUAUCACUACUAAAAAAUCAAGUGGAAUAUGGUUUGAAGAAAUCCGGAAGCAACGAUGAAGAUUCCUCAGAUCGUUACACUUGUGACUGUCUUCCAGCAUGUACUUCAUUAAUAUACAACGCUGAAACAUCGCAAGCUGACUUUAACUGGCAGAAAGUUUUUGAAUCUUACAAAGUCAACUUUAGCGAAUUUCCAGGAGUCCAGAUGACUAGAGUGACCCUGUUCUUCAAAGAGCAGCAAUUUAUAAAUUCAGAAAGGAACGAAUUGUAUGGCCACACGGACUUUUUCGCAAACUGUGGAGGUUUGUUGGGACUCUUCAUGGGCUUUUCUGUACUGUCCGUUGUGGAAAUAAUAUAUUUUUUGUCUCUGAGAAUAAUUUGCAAUAUACGUAAAUACGGGCAUCAUUUCUGGUCUGGAUCAGCUGAUCUCGUACAUAAUGAUGCAUACGACCACAAAAGGCGUUAAAUAUUGAAAUAUGAUUCCAUAGUUAAGCUUUCCAAAAUACUUAAUAAAGGAUAUUAGAUUUACAUACCAAUACGUAAAAUAUAAAUGCAAUAUUGUAUGUAAUAUGUAUGUGUACACGCAUUAAUUUUUGAAUCCAAUUUCUGUAAAAAUAAGAUACUUACCGUUUUAUCUUGCAUGUACAUUUC